AUCACAGUUGCUGUCGUUUGAAUGCAUCGGUUUCUAAUGUUGUUUAUAGUGUGGCUCUUUAGGAAUGAAAAGUUCUAAAGGUGAAAUGGUUGAUACUAGAGAUUACCUUAUUAAAAAAGGUAUUCCCCAGCUUUUUGAGUGUUUAUUGACUGGACUAAUGUAUCAUCGUCCGAAUGAUCAUUUAGACUAUAUGCAACAGUGUAUUGAAAAAAUAAGAGCAAAUGGAAUGAACAGUGUACGAUGGGACCUAUUUCUUCAAUCAAAACCCGUUGAACAAUUAUCUUCACAUACGAAAGCAAAAGUUGAUAAAGACAGUUCACAACAUGAUGCAAUUUCUGAAAUCGAUUCACCUAGAUUAUGUAUUAAAGAGGACUCAGUGGUUAUAUGCAUAUUAGCUGGGCCAGGCAUAGACGGAUCCACAUUUUUAAAAGAAUUGAUCAUGCAUUAUCCUAAAUUUAUUUAUGUCAAUUUACCGGAUUUAUUGAAAACAUGUGCAAUAAAUGAACAGAACCAACAACAAUCUCGUUGGCAUGAAGCUAUACAAAAGCUUAAUAAUCGGGAAUUAUUACCAAAUGAUAUAGUUUUAGAAACGCUUUUAUUAAAACUGAAUCAACAUAGUGACGUGGAUGGCUUCGUAAUAGAUGGUUAUCCGAAAACAGAAACACAAUAUUUAGAUCUUAAAAAGCAUGUUGGGAUGGAUAGAUUGAAGUGUGUGAUUCUACUUGAUAUCAGUGAAGAUUAUUCUAGACAACGUUUAAGUGAACGAAUAUCACAUAGAGAUGAGGUUGGCAAUAAUAAUGAAUCAGAUUCCAUUGACUGUUGUCUCAGUAUUUUCAAAAAUCAAACGUUACAAGUAUGCAAAAUUAUUGAUGAUGACGAGAAACUCAGAGUUAUUGAUGGAGAGUUAAAUAAUGAUGAGAUUUUAGAGGAAAUUCUGGAAUUGUUUGAUCAGAUGAUUUCUAAUAAAUUAGUUGAAUCAGAAGUACAUCCUAUUUCAAAUGCUUCGCCUAAUAAUGUGCUUGCCCCAGUAAAUCAUAGAAUGAAGGGGUAUGAAAGCAGACCAAGUAUAAGUAGUAUUCCAAGAAUUGUGCCAGUAUUCCCUGACAAUGGUCGAAUGAAUGGUAUUAAUAAUUGUCCAAUAAUUUUAUUAUUAGGUGGUCCAGGCUCUGGACGAACAGAACAAGCAUUAAGUUUAUGUAAAAAAUUUCCUGGUUUAGCAUAUUUCAAUGUUACGGACUUUUUGAGGAAAAAUGUUUUGGAUUUUAUCAAUGAAAAUGAUACUAAAGAUUGGGAUGUAAUAGCACGUCGAGUACAUUCUAGUGAUCCACCGUCGAAUAAAGAUAGACUCAUUCCAGAAUACUGGGACGUGCAAUCUGAAGUAAUCCGUCUAGAGUCCAGUAAUUUGGCCGAAAAUAAUAGAGCUGUUAUCAUUGAAGGAUUCCCAUGUCAUGAAGGUCAACUAAAUACAUUUAAUCAAUGUAUUGGUGGCGUAGAUUUAGUCAUUUUAUUAGACUGUGAAGAGACAACAUUAAUUGAUCGAUUACAUCAACGAUAUGAACGUUUAAAACGUGCUGAAGAUGAAGAUGCUAUUGUAUUACAACGUAUAUCAUUCUUUAAACAUUGUACAUUACCUGUUAUAAGAUAUUAUGAUGAACGAGGUAAAUUAGUAACAAUUCCUGGUGAUCAAGAACAAAGUCUUAUCUUCAAAAAUUUGGUUGCAUUAAUGGAAUUCUUUCUAAGCACAAAAGAAAAAUCAAACAAUGAAACAUCUGAUAAUAAAAUUGUAAAAACUGAAGAAAUUAUACCAGUCAUAUCAAAACUAUUAAAAAAUGAAAAUCGAAAACUUUUAACGAGUGUGACAAUAGAUGAUGAUCAAUCACUUGAAACUAGUUUUGAAGAUAGCGUAACAAAAGAUAAUGAUUCUUCUCCAUCAAGUCAAAUAAUAAUUACACCUGAAUGUAAACAGAAUUCAUUAGAUCAGAUUGAAUUGAAAUUGGAUAAUUUAGAAGGAAGUCCGGAGAAAACUGUAAACGAUUAUUUGGACAAAUAUAAAUUUAUUUUUGUUAUCGGUAGUUGUGAUGAGAUAAGACGAUUGUAUUGUAAGCAUAUAUUAAAACAAUGUAAUUAUAACUAUAUUUCAAUGAAAAGUAUAACAGAUCCAAUGAAUUUCGAUGGAGAUAAUACUUUCAAUUUGGAUAAAUUAAUUCAAAUUAUUAUAGAGGAGAUGAGUAGAACACGUAAAGCAGGAUAUAUUAUAGAUGGUAUACCAAACAAUUUAGCUCAAGCGAAAGAAAUUGAAGCAUAUAGUGAUUCAUUGAAAUUUUCAAAUUGUAAACUGGUCGUUUUAUUAGAAGAUAAGUUCUCUGAACAUGACCAUUCCGGAGAUAAUUUACAAUGUCAUAAGAAUAAAGUUGAGGAAAGUUUAAUUGAAUUUCUAGAAUCUACAAAAAAAUUAUAUCGUGUAAGCUGAUUUUUGUCGCGUUUUCUUAUCUUUUUAAAAUUUUAACUUCAUUUCAUGGAAGUUUCUUUAACCAUGAUGAGUUUCCGGCUGAUUAAAAUCUUAACAUUAACUUGACAACAACUAUAACGUAGUUUAAAUCAUCCGUAGUUCAGCUGUACUUUUCAUACCUAAUCUUCUGAUGUGGUAAUGUCUUUGUAAAGUAAGAUAACUACACACUUGUGCCUG